AUGGUCAACCAGAGCUCCCCUGUGAGCUUUCUCCUGCUGGGCUUCUCUGAACACCCACACCUGGAAAAGGUUCUCUUCAUGGUUGUCCUGUGCUCCUACCUCCUCACCCUCCUAGGAAACACACUCAUUCUCCUGCUGUCCACACUGGACCCCAGGCUCUACUCUCCAAUGUACUUCUUCCUCUCUAACCUCUCCUUCUUGGAUCUCUGCUUCACCACAACCUGUGUCCCCCAGAUGCAGUUCAACCUCUGGGGCCCCACAAAGACCAUCAGCUUCCUGGGAUGCUCUGUCCAGCUCUUCAUCUUCCUGUCCUUGGGAACAACCGAGUGCAUCCUCCUGACAGUGAUGGCCUUUGACCGCUAUGUGGCCGUCUGCCAGCCCCUGCAUUAUGCCACCAUCAUUCACCCCCGCCUGUGCUGGAAGCUGGCUGGUGUGGCCUGGAUGAUGGGGCUGCUUCAAUCCAUAGUCCAGACACCUCCCACCCUCCGCCUGCCCUUCUGUCCCCAUAGGCAGAUAGACGACUUUCUGUGUGAAGUUCCAUCUCUGAUUCGACUGUCCUGUGGGGACACCACUUUUAAUGAGAUUCAGUUGGCUGUGUCCAGUGUCAUUCUGGUGGUUGUGCCUCUGAGCCUCAUCCUUGUCUCCUAUGGUGCCAUUGCCAGGGCAGUGCUAAGGAUAAACUCCACUGAAGCAUGGAAAAAGGCUUUGGGGACCUGCUCCUCCCACCUCAUUGUGGUCACCCUCUUCUACAGCUCAGUCAUCGCUGUCUAUCUGCAACCCAAAAAUCCCUAUGCCCAGGAGAGGGGCAAGUUUUUUGGUCUUUUCUAUGCAGUGGGCACUCCCACACUGAACCCUCUCAUUUACACCCUGAGGAACAAGGAGGUAAAGAAAGCAUUUUGGAGGAUGCUGGGGAAGGAUGCAGACUCCAAAAAUACCUAA